AAGAGGUACAACAAGAUUUAUGGCAUUUAUUUUCUGGGCCACUAUGCAUUUAAAGGACCGGGGCAUAUAAUUCUAUGAGAUGAGGAUGACACAAUAUGUCCCUUUUAAGGGAAGGACUGCUGGAUCAGAUUGCUUGGGGAAAGUGGCACACAGGGAUGACAGCUCUGAGACUCCUUGGUCAGAAAAUGUCCAUCAAACAAGACAAAACUCUCAGCCCCUUCAUCUUCCAAUUAAACAGCAAUGGACUUGUGAUACAGGUGUUACGGAGCUUAAACUGACUGUUACUCCUCCAACACCAGACACUACACCUGAUUCGGAACAGAGAGGCUUUUCCACCAAUGAUCAGUCUCUUCACAGAAAAAGUGCCCCGCUUGGUUCCUCCCUCCAGAAAGAAAUGUAUUGUGCAGAGACCUCAGAUUCUCCUAACUAUCCAAUUCCUAGACUUAUAAUAACACAGGACUGUAGCUCCAACAGCUGCCUUACCUUCACUUCUCCGCCACUGCCUGAGACCACCAGUGUUCUGGACAUACCCCCCUCUAGGGAAGCAGAAUCUCCAUGUUCUGAUAGUGGCUGUGGUGGAUCCCCAGUACCCUCUCUUUUUAUACGUAAACUCUCCAGUUCCUCUGGCCUUUCAUCUGCUUCAUCCUUUGAAGAGUCCGAAGAUGACUUUGGUGGCAGUGACAUGGAACCCAAUGGAUUGCAUUACCUCCUUUGUAGUCCAGAAGACCAGGGAGUUUCAAGCAAGUCCUGGAAGAAGCUGAAGAACAUGGUCCACUGGUCACCAUUUGUGGUGUCCUUUAAGAAGCAGUACCCAUGGAUCCAGCUGGCUGGACAUGCAGGUAAUUUUAAGGCCGGUGAAUAUGGGAAAAUACUAAAAAAAUUCUGUGAGAGUGAGCAACAGUGUCUGGUGGGGCUGAACCAGGAUAUUCUGCGACCAUUUGUCCCGGGCUACUAUGGGAUGGUGGAGAAAGAAGGCGAGAACUACAACCAGAUGGAAGACCUUCUGUCUGAGUUUGACUCUCCAUCUAUUAUGGACUGCAAAAUGGGUGUCAGGACAUAUUUGGAAGAGGAGCUGGUAAAGGCUAAGGAAAAGCCCAAGCUGAGAAAAGACAUGUACGAAAAGAUGAUUGCUGUUGAUCCCAAUGCGCCCACUGAGGAGGAGCACAGACAGAAGGCCAUUUUAAAGCCACGGUACAUGCAAUGGAGAGAGACCCUUAGCUCUACUGCUACCAUGGGCUUUCGAAUAGAAGGCAUCAAGAGAGCAGAUGGAUCAUGCGACACAAACUUUAAGAAAACACGGUGCAAAGAGCAAGUGAUCAGUGCACUGAGAAACUUUGUGGAUGGAAAUAAGAAUAUUUUAAGAAAAUACCUGGUGCGAUUAAAAGAGCUGAGAACGGCGCUGGAGAAAUCUGAGUUUUUUCAAUCACAUGAGGUUGUCGGGAGCUCUCUUCUGUUUGUCCACGAUUCCUCAGAGCAAGCAAAGGUGUGGAUGAUUGACUUUGGGAAGACUGUUCGACUCCCGUGUACACAGUUGCUAAACCAUCGUACACCCUGGGUGGAGGGGAACCGUGAAGAUGGAUACUUGUGGGGGUUAGACAACCUGAUCAACAUUUUUACUGAAAUGGUGGAGGAAUAGACAUUUAUAUUUUGCCUUCUUAGACUGGAUGUGAUCCACAAAAUGGGAUUCAUGGACCAUAACUUGCUACUAUUGUCAGAACAUGGACUAAAGUCUUCCUAAUAUGCUUACAGAGAGGCUGCUGGCAGGCAAGUCACGUGGAUUUCAGAUUCUCAGCCCAGGCGACUGGGACAUCAAGCAAAGACAAUAUUUUUAGGGAAUGCAUUUGUAGGUGUUUUAUAAAGUUCUAUUUAUGCCUGUAUAGUCUCAAGAGAACACAACACUGGAUAGAUUGUACCUACAGUACAGUUUUAAAGCUAUUUGUGGAACAAGGAUUCAGAGCUUUUUUUAAUGUACAUUUUUUAUUACUGCAACCAAAUAUGAAACUCUGAUUUAUGCUGUAUUUUAUUAUAUAAUGUUUUUAAUGGUUCAACUUUAUAAUUGGGAGGAAUGGUAGGGUGAUAAUUUUUUUAUUUUUUAUUUAACAUUGUACAGUGGAAGCGGAGUUGUUUUUUUUAAUCAUAUUUGUUUCAUGCUUAACCAAAGAGAGUAUACAAAUUACAGAUGGACAGCAGUAAACCCUCCGCCAUGUUGUCCUAGGAUGUGAAGAACCACACAGAUGGAUAGAGAAAACAUUGUGGACUGAUGUGUGUGAGAUCAAGCCUUAUUGAAAUGGUAGAAUCCGAGUUCAUUCUAUCCUACAGAAAUAUAGUUAGCUUGGGGUGGUUCUCAAGUUGUGAGGGUGUUGGAAUUCAGCACCAGCUUGAAAAUAACAGGAAAGCCAUCUCGAUGUAUCUGUACUGCUCACAGCUGUCUGGUUCCCAUGCCAGUACAUAGCUGCCAGAUGGAUUAUAGUGCAGUGCAAAUGGAACUUACUGAUUUCACUGAAUAAAAUCCACAAAAACAGCA